UAUCAACAGAGAGGAGAGGAGUCGUCGCUCUGCAGGCUGACAGUUGAACAGGAAGUGACCUUUCAGAUGAAAGAGUGUUUUGUCUGUGGCACGACGCUAACGCUAACUGUGGCUCAUUUCCAAUUCAAAUAUCAGAGCUGUGUCGCGUCCGUUAGAUGGCUUCCUGUCAGGAGUUUGAGGUGACGGUGCACACCUCACCUGGUCCCACCUGUGGGACCUUCAGCCGCCUGAAGCUCAUCCUGAUUGGAUCUGAGGGGGAGAGUCUGUCCGUCAGCCUGAGCGAGGGCAACCGUCAUCUCCUGCCCGGGUCGUCGUGUCCGGUUCGAGUCCGGACCAAAGCUCCUCUGGGCCGCUUGGUUCUGGUUCGGCUUUGGCUGGAGGCUCGGAACGGAUUCCCCAACCUGGACUGGCACUGCAGCCGGGUGGAGGUCCGCAGGGUGGUCGACAGCAGUGUGACGGGACCUGAGAGAGAUCCAGAUGUCCAGAUGUUCCUGUGUGACCGAUGGCUGCGACCAGCAGAGGGCGACGUGGAGCUGCGGAGCGGGAAGUUGUGUUUGCUGAAGGACGAGACGGAGGAGAAGCUGAAGCAGCAGCGACUCAGACAGCUGCAGCACCAACAGAAGCUCAUCCGAUGGCGUAUGUUCGUGGAUGGCGCUCCACAAUGUGUCGACCUGAACAGUUUGUCUGAACUCGGGCCGAACCUCAGCUACACACACAUGAGUCCACCCACUAACCUACACUAUCUGAAAUGCUUCGCCGGCCGAGCAGAGGCCUGGACAAGUUUCACAGAGCUGGAGACGGUUUUCGCCCACAGCGGACGGCAGAACCUAACAGCCAGGUUCGUGAAGGAUCACUGGAAGGAGGAUUGGUACUUUGGCUACCAGUGUCUGAACGGCUGCAACCCGCUGCUGCUGCAACAGAUCCGCAUCCUCCCUCCAAACCUGUCCGUCACUUCUGACAUGCUCCGCCCCUUCCUGUCUGCAGGCUCCUCCCUCGAGCAGGAGCUACAGAAAGGGAACAUCUUCCUGUUGGACUACGAGGUUCUGGACGGCGUCCCGGCCAACGUGAUCAACGGGAAGCAGACGUAUCUGAGCGCCCCGCUGUGCCUCCUGCACCUGGACCUGCGGGGGCAGCUGCUCCCCAUCGCCAUCCAGCUCCAGCAGACCCCCGGCCCUCACAAUCCCGUGUUCCUGCCCUCGGACGCCGGCUGUGAUUGGCUGCUGGCUAAGAUGUGGGUUCACAGCGCAGACUUCCAGGUGCACCAGCUGGCCUCACACUACCUGCGCACGCACAUGCUGGGGGAGCUGAGCUGCGUGGCCACGCUGAGGCAGCUGUCGGAGCUGCACCCGCUGCACCAGCUGCUGAUGCCUCACGUCAGGACGACGCUGCAGAUCAACUACCAGGCCCGCAUGACGCUGCUGGCGGCUGACGGGGUGUUUGAUAAGGCGUCGGGUUCUGGCCUGCAGGCGUUACCCGUCCUCUUCUCUCGGGCGUCACAGAGGGUUUCUUAUGGAUCUCUGUGCGUCCCCGAUGACCUGACGAUGCGCGGGGUCGACAAGCUGCCCCAGAACUACUACGCCCAGGACGCAUGGAGAGUCUGGGACGCGCUGCACAGGUUUGUGGUCAGCUGGGUUGAUCUGUACUACAGUGCAGACGAGGAGGUGCUGCAGGACUCUGAGCUCCAGCUCUGGAUCAGAGACAUCAACACACACGGCUUCAACCUCAGCUCAGGUUUCCCUGCGUCUCUCCGGACCAAAGCAGAAGUGUCGAAGUUUGUCACCAUGAUCAUCUUCUCCUGCUCAGCGCUGCAUGCCGCCGUCAACUUCUCCCAGGUGGAUUUCGCUCUCUGGUUGCCAAACUGUCCGACCUCCAUGUUUCGUCCUCCCCCGAAGGUGAAAGGCGCGGUGACGGAGGACGAGCUCUUGUCUUUCCUACCGGACGUGAAUGCCUCCUGUCGCAUCCUAAUGGCGCUGACUCUGCUGUCACAGCCCGCCCUCAACUUUGUUCCACUGUGUCACUACAAGGAGGCGGUGUUCAGAGACGGCGCCCACCGCAGGCUGGUGGAGGAGGUGCAGGCCGAACUAAAGGUCAUCUCUGAAGACAUCACAGAGCGCAAUCGCCACCUGGAGCCGCCGUAUCCUUACCUCAGUCCUGCACGCAUCGAAAACAGCGUGGCCAUUUAAAUUUAAAUUGUUUGUGAAUGCAUCGUGAUGGAAAUAAACUUGUUAAACACAAGUGCUUUUUCUGGAAAUGGUGUAAAAUAUGCACAAACCCUGGAGCUUAAUAUAAUCAGUUUUUCAACAUACUAGCAUGCAGUUCUCUGCAACUUGUGAAACAGGCUCCAGGUUUGCUUCUUUAGAGUCAACUGUUUGAUUUAAAUGUGUUGAAUUCUUACAUGCAGCAUAUUUGUUUGUGUGUUUCUUUGCGUUUUCUAAAAAACCUGAAUGCACACAAUGAAAACACUAAUAAAAAUACUUUUGUCUGA